UCCGCGCUGAUCGGGAUCGUUUUCGAGCAAAUUUCCUCUUAUCAGUAAACGUAAACACACGUAAGAAUUAUUUCACGCGACAAAUAUAGCAAUCUAGUCGUAUCUCGUGCAUGCAACUCCUCAGAUUCUUCAGCAGAUACUUUAAUUCAAACCUCGCCACAGGGAGCCUCCGCACGGAGCCUCCACACGGGGCCAUCGAGAAUUAAAUCGCAGUCAGUUCGGCGCGCAUUAACCCGUUCACGUGCAGUGUUCCAUUUCCACGAUUACCCUACAAAUACGUCGCACCGUGCACAAAAGGUCAGCAAGCCCGCCCUUCCUGUUCCAGCGGUUCGAUUGAUCGUCCCGGGGCCACGUGAUCGUUGAUAAUCAGAGGCAAUUGGUGGAGGCGGGAUCAGCGACAGGCGUCUGCUGUGACAGUCGAGCCAGCGGCGUCCGACGCGGCAAUCACCAGGCUUCCGUCACGCAAUGUCCCCGCCGUCCCAGGCUCAGCUGGACGCAACAGCUGUAGAGAAUUUUCGCGAUUACCUGCGGAUACCGUCGGUCCAGCCCAACAUCAACUACGAUGAUUGUGUCAGCUUCUUGCGCAAACAAGCCAAAUCAUUGGACCUGCCUAUUAAGAUCUAUCAAGUCCAUGCAAAUAAACCAAUUGUGGUUCUCACAUGGAUAGGUACGGAUCCAUCAGUUCCAUCAAUUCUUCUGAACAGUCAUAUGGAUGUUGUCCCUGUCUUUGAAGACAAAUGGACAUAUCCGCCAUUCAGUGCUCACAUGGAUGAAGAAGGAAACAUUUAUGCUCGUGGCAGUCAGGAUAUGAAAUGUGUUGGCAUACAAUACUUGGAAGCAAUACGUCGCAUGAAACUUGCUGGACAACGCUUUAAAAGAACGAUCCAUAUUUCCUUUGUGCCAGACGAAGAAAUCGGUGGAAUUCUCGGCAUGAAAGAUUUUGUACACACUAAAGACUUCAAAGCUUUGAAUGUUGGUUUUGCAUUGGACGAGGGUGUAGCUUCACCGGAAGAACAUUUCUUUAUGUUCUAUGGCGAGAGAUCCAUAUGGCAUGUAGAAGUUGUGUGUAAUGGCACUCCCGGACAUGGCUCUAUUCUAUUGGAUAAUACAGCUGGUGAAAAAAUAAGAGUAAUAAUUAACCGAUUCAUGGACUUAAGAGCUAAAGAAAAGGAGAAGUUGAAAAAUCCAAAGAUCCAGCUGGGUGAUGUUACAACUGUUAACUUGACACAGCUUAAGGGUGGUAUUCAGACAAAUGUGGUACCAACGUCGUUGACUGCGAUCUUCGAUAUUCGUCUGGAUCCUUCUGUCGAUCAUGAUGAAUUUGAAAAUAUGAUCAAAAAAUGGUGCAAUGAAGCUGGUUCAGACGUCACAUACUCGUUUGAACAAAAGAAUCCCAAAAUCGAAAGCACAAAGUUAGAUAAUAGCAAUCCUUAUUGGCUUGCUUUCAAAAAUGUCUGCGACGAAUUGAAAAUAAAUUUGCAGAUGGGAAUCUUCCCAGGUGGAACAGAUAGUCGCUACGUGCGAGAGGUCGGAAUACCUGCCAUUGGUUUUUCACCCAUGAACAAUACAAAAAUUUUACUCCACGAUCACAACGAAUAUUUAAACAAAGACGUAUUCUUGAAGGGUAUUGAAAUAUACAUGAAGAUAAUACCUGCGGUAGCCAACGUUUAAACAAAUAACGAAGUGUCUAUAAACUCUUCAUUAUUAUAUUUAACGAACCAAAGCUAAGAUAAAAGGCGAUAGAAACAUUAAGAGUAGAUGGAGGGAAUACAAUGUAAAAGUGUUAAAACAUCACAGACUGAUUAUGCCAGAUAGAAUUUAACAAUGUUGUAAAAGCUUCAGAGUUUAUAAUUGUUAAAAAUAUGCAGUCUCGAAAAGCUGUUGCGAAAAAGAUGGGAAUGUGCAAUCGUGACUACGAGAAACAGUAAAUGAACGGCACUAACGGAUACAAAAAAUAAUCAUUACCAGUUACUCGUCGAUGGGACCAUUCGAAUAAAAUUCGGAAAAGAUACCAGGAAAAUUGCAUUUAACAGUUACAGUAACAACUAUCUUAUGAUCUCUUAAAUACUGAGAUUCUCAAACGUACAAAAAGGAAAACAAAUUGAGAUUAGUGUUCCAACAAGUCAAACGCAACGUAUUUUAGUGGUAUGCAUUCAAGUGCCAUGCUAAAUCGUGAGAACAUUGUAAAACGUUUAUACACAAGUAUGGUGAUAUGUAAUUGUUUUUUUCUUAAAUCUUAUAUAUUUUAUGGAAACCA